AGAGAGAGGAAGAUGGCGGAGGACGCAGGCCGGGGGAGGGAUCGAUCACCGAAAAACUCGAUUGGGUUCCUUUUUCCCUAACUGAUUCAGAAACUACACAACACAGCUCCACCCGCCGGUGAGAAUACGGCGCGAAGAGGCUGCGACGAAGAGAGCCUGUUCCCACUACCCUCCUGCGCCGUCCUCACGCCCUCCCAGACGAUGGAGUUCCCGUGGCACAGUGGGGAGGUUCUGGAGCAGCUCAACCGGCAGCGCAAGCAGGGCCUGCUGUGCGACUGCACCUUUGUGGUGGACGGCGUGGACUUUAAGGCCCACAAGGCCGUGCUCGCCGCCUGCAGCGCUUACUUCCGCACGCUGUUCCUGGACCAGAAGGACGUGAUGCAUCUGGACAUCAGUAACGCAGCAGGUUUGGGUCACGUUCUGGAUUUUAUGUACACCGCCAAGCUGGAUCUAAGGCCUCAAAAUGUAGACGACGUGCUUUCCGUCGCCCACUUCCUGCAAAUGCAGGAAAUUAUAAACGCGUGUUCUGCAUUCCAGUCGAUGUCAAAUCCAGCCCCGUCCAUAGUGACCCUGGACCUGACCCUUGAAGAAAAAUUGGGAGAUGGGGAGGAGAAGGAAGAUAUUGAGACUCACCUUUCGGAAGUUGCGGCAAAGGCAGAGGAGACUCCUCCCAGUAUUCCCGCAGACGAUCAAAAUCCUGCAGAAAGUCAGGACGGUGUGAACCAAGACGACUCUGUCGAGACGCAGCAGACGGAUGUGCAGCCCGCUCCCGGCAAGCGCGGACGACCCCCGAAAACGACUUUGCUUUCUGCUCAGAAGAAGGCGUCUCUGAAGAGGGAAGACGAAAGCGCAAAGCCGUUCCAGGACGACCCCUCGGAUGCCGACUACACGCCCAAAUCUGAGCCGAGGUCUGCGGGCAGCUCGCCGUACGUCAGCUCUCGAGGGAGAAGAAUCAGGAAACCUCCUCACCGGAACUUCCCACCUGAAAAUGAUUCGGAAGAUGAAGGUCCAUCAAAGACAAAGGUGGAGAAGAACGUGGAGGACGUGUCUGAGGAUCAGGAAACCGACCCUGGGGAGACGAGCGACAUGGACGCCGACGAAGAGGGCCUGGAUGAGGAAGACGAGGAGGCGGAUGAAAAUGACGAGAGCGAUGAAAGACAAACUCAGUCGGGGUCUAUGAGCAGCCGGUCCGAGUCGAAGCCUUACAGCUCAGUGACACACAAAUGUGAGGACUGUGGGAAGAAAUUCACCCACACAGGUAAUUUCAAGAGACACAUGCGCAUCCACACUGGAGAGAAGCCGUUCAGCUGCCGGGACUGCAACAAGGCCUUCUCUGAUCCUGCAGCCUGCAAAGCUCACGAGAAAACACACAGUCCGCUGAAGCCGUACAGCUGCUCCACGUGUGGGAAGAGCUACCGCCAGAUCAGCCUGCUCAACCUGCACCGCAAACGGCACACGGGCGAGGCGCGCUACAGCUGCGAGGUGUGCGGGAAGCUCUUCACCACGUCGGGGAACCUGAAGCGCCACCAGCUGGUGCACAGCGGCGAGAAGCCGUACCACUGCGACUUCUGCGAGAAGGCCUUCUCCGACCCCACGGCCAAGAUGCGCCACCUGGAGACACACGACACGGACAAGGGCAACAAGUGUCCGCACUGCGACAAGCGCUUCAAUCAGGUGGGAAAUCUGAAGGCACACUUAAAAAUCCACAUUGCAGACGGGCCCCUCAAGUGCAAAGAAUGUGGCAAACAAUUUACCACUUCAGGGAAUCUUAAGAGACAUCUGCGAGUUCACAGUGGGGAGAAACCGUAUGUCUGUGCACACUGCCAGAGGGCUUUCAGCGACCCCGGAGCUCUGCAGCGGCACGAGCGCAUCCACACAGGAGAGAAGCCCUGCGUCUGUCCCAUCUGCGGCAAGGCUUUCACCCAGGCCAGCUCGCUCAUCGCUCACGUCCGGCAGCACACUGGAGAAAAGCCCUACGUCUGCGACCGCUGUGGCAAAAGAUUUGUGCAGUCCAGUCAACUGGCCAAUCACAUCCGCCAUCACGACAAUGUCCGCCCACACAAGUGUCAAAUGUGCAACAAAGCAUUCGUCAAUGUGGGAGACCUGUCGAAGCAUAUCAUCAUUCACACAGGGGAGAAACCUUUCCUGUGUGACAAAUGCGGUCGAGGGUUCAACCGCGUGGACAACUUGCGCUCGCACGUCAAGACUGUCCAUCAAGGCAAAGCUGGUAUGAAGCGGCUGGUGGUGGCAGGAGGAACUAUGGACGACAUGGAUGAGGAUUGUGCGGGGGCGUCCACCUCUGACAGCGAGAUAAAGAUCGUCACCGUCACCACUGAGGACAUCGUCACCUUAGCAACGGAAGCCCUAGCAGCCAGUGCUGUGGCUCAGCUGACAGUCGUUCCUGUGGCUACUUCAGUGUCGGCGGAUGAAACGGAGGCUUUGAAAGCUGAAAUCAACAAAGCGGUAGAGAAAGUCCAAGAAGCAGACCCCAACACCCAGAUCUUGUACGCGUGCGAUUCGUGUGGCGAUAAAUUCCUGGACGCCAGCUCCCUGGCUCAGCACGUCCGCAUCCACACAGCUCAAGCCUUGGUCAUGUUCCAGGCCGACUCCGACUUCUACCAGUACACGACGGCCACCACGGCUGAGGGGGUCGCCGCCGCGGCGUGGCAGCCGGCGCCGGGCCAGGUCAUCCAGGAAGGAGAGAUAAUCUUCCGCACAGAGGAGGGAGAGAAAAAACAGGAAGUUGAGAUUGAUGGACAAGAACUGAAAGGGUCAGAGGAGGUGAUACUUGUGGACAAUGAGGUGGAGGAAAAACAGAUGGAGACUCAGACCGAGCACCAAACCGAUGAGAGAGAUGUAGAGUUAAAACAGGACAUGGAGUGUGAAAGUGAGGCAUAGAUGUGUGGAUUUGUGGAUGAAUGAAACUUUGAUUGUGACAGAAAUCUUAUUUAUGCAGGAUGAAGAAAUAAAAUAAAUUGUGCUCAUGAGACCUCAGCUUAACCACACCAUCAUGUAUAAAUAAACUAAACUGGAUUCAUAACAGACACUUUUUAAAAUGAUGUUAUUCUCCUGAUGUGUUACCCUUAAAUGUUUGUGCCCAUGUAACUGCAGCACACUGAUCCAUCGAUGUGGUAAAAAUGUUGCUUAAAAACACUUCCAGAUUAUUAUACAAAUGUGUAUAGUUUAUUUUUUAGACCAAAAUGUAAAACUGCUUUGUUCUUUUAUAAUAUAAUAUAGGUAAAGACUCCUAUUUUUCAAUUUCUUUGAAGUGUAUAGUAUUUCCCUAUUCAACCUGAAUAUUUUAUGGAAAUUGGUUGUUGAUAUUUUCAUGCGUUUUGACAUUGACACAAAGGGGUACUAAAGAUUUAGAUUUGUGUGGGUUUUUUCCCCUUGCAAAAACUACAUAACCUGUGCUUGUAUAGUGUUUGUAAAUAUGCUGUAUGUCCUCUAGAAAAGUCUGAAUUCUGCUUUUUUUCUUUUUCCUUUUUUAUUUUGAGGGGAUGAUAUGAUGUUUAAUAUGGAAGUAGAAUUCACGGAUGUAAUAUUUAAAAAGUAUUUGGUUAGUAUAGAGAAUUUUUACUUACAUUAAACAUCAGUCAGAUAUUGGCUUCUUUAGUUGACAUUAUCACCUGCGAAAAGCUGCACUGAAUAUCUGUAACUUAGACUCAAAGUCUCCAUCAGCUUAUUAAAGAUUCAUUGCAGUCUAAUAAA